AUGCCCGGGCAAGGCCCACUGCAGCUGGCGGCUCCAAGGACAGCAGCGCUGCCCCCUGGCUGGCUCACGCCCCCUUGGGAGUCAGGGUUCAGGGAGGCGCCCGCCCACACCCUCCUGGCUCUGGGCCCCAACUGUCUUCCUCUCUGCUUCUUUCCAGUGAAGCAGGGACCCAGAAACCAGACUUCCAUGAGCCAAAGGGCUCAAGGGCCCUCUGGGGUUGGGGGCUCUCCUGUCUUCCCCCACGCUGGGGAGCAGCAGCCUCUCAGGCCUCCACAGCCGUCCCCAAGGGCCAGCACAGCUCGGGUUUCAGCAACCCCGCUGGGAGGGAUGUGCUCUGACAGCCCGCCUCUGCAGACCCCCGCAGGCCACAUGGCCCGACUGCCCUGCUGA